GAUUAUAUUAUAUUCCUUUUUCUUCUCUCUAUCAAAGUUCUCUCCUGUGCCCCCGCUCUCGCCGUUAGCUUCCACCUACUACGCCGCCGCCCGUUCACUUUCUCCUCACGGGGAACUAAACUUUAACUCUUCUCUCAGUCUGCUUCCGAGUUCUAUCUUACUGUCGAUUUGGCUCACCAAUUGUUCGAUCAAAGCCCCUACCCUUACCAACAUCGUCCUCUUUUUUGGUUUAAUUAGUUUCGGCGGAGAAGACAAUGGUGACGGAAGUUACCGAGACGGAGCGCUGGUGGUGCGUCGUUACCGGCGGUAGAGGAUUCGCCGCUAGGCAUCUCGUGGAGAUGCUCGUACGCUACCAGAUGUUCCACGUCCGCAUCGCCGAUUUAGCUCCGGCGGUACAGCUCGAUGCUCACGAGGAGACCGGACUUCUCGGCGAAGCAAUGCGAUCCGGUCGAGUUCAGUACGUCUCCGCUGAUCUCCGGAAUAAAGCUCAGGUUAUCAAAGCGUUUGAAGGAGCACAGUUGGUGUUUCACAUGGCAGCUCCAGAUUCAUCCAUCAACAGUUGCCAGCUUCACUGUUCUGUUAAUGUUCAAGGGACAACAAAUGUAAUUGAUGCUUGUGUUGAGGUUGGAGUGAAGAGGCUCAUCUACACAAGCUCUCCGAGUCUAGUGUUUGAUGGCGUCAACAGUUUUCUGAAUGCCAAUGAAACGACGCCGUACCCAUCCAAGGUAUUCUUUUGGAUUGCAUCAUGCUUGUCUACUAAAGCUGAAGGUGAAGCUUUGAUCUUGAAUGCGAACGGAAGAAAUGGACUACUCACUUGUUCCAUACGUCCCAGCAGCAUAUUUGGUCCUGGUGAUAGAUUAUUGGUUCCGUCUCUUGUAGCUGCUGCCAGGGCUGGGAAAUCAAAGUUCAUUAUUGGUGAUGGAAGUAACCUCUAUGAUUUCACCUAUGUUGAAAACGUUGUGCAUGCCCAUGUCUGUGCUGAGCGAGCGCUAGCAUCAGGAGGAGAAGUAUGUGCAAAAGCUGCAGGUCAGGCAUACUUCAUUGCAAACAUGGAGUCAAUUAAGUUUUGGGAGUUUAUGUCACUGCUUCUUGAAGGACUUGGCUAUGAGAGGCCAAGUAUAAAGAUACCUGCUGUUGUGAUGAUGCCAAUAGCACAUCUUGUGGAACUUGCAUAUAAAUUACUUGGACCACAUGGGAUGAAAGUAACACAGCUAACACCUUCUAGAGUUAGGUUGCUCUCUUGCAGCAGAACUUUUGAUUCCUCAAAAGCAAAGGAUCUCUUAGGCUACGCUCCUGUUGUGCCACUUCAGGAAGGUAUAAAGAGGACAAUAGACUCAUUCUCACACUUGACGGCUCAAAACCAACCCAAAAAAGAGGUUAAUGAUACCGUUCAAUGGAAGAAGCAGACACUCAUUGCAAUAGUCAUUCUGAUUACUCUCUAUAUUAACUUUGUUGCAACGACCGGAUACUCUGCCAUACCAAUUGCAAUCUUGGUAGCAUUAAUCAUUUUCUUUUGGAGAUAUUUCGGCAGUAAGAAGAGUGACUAAAGAAGAUGACUCCAUAGUCCCAAUAAUCCCCAAAACAAUUGUGUAUUUUUGGACUUGUUUUUAUUUUUACAGUUCAAACCUGACUCCUUUGUAUGCAUCCUUCGGGUAUAUGGAUGUUGAUUGGUUUUGAGCUGCUUGUAUUAUUUUCUCCCCUUUGUAACUUGAACUCUGUCAGCCAGUUUCAGUUUUUACUCCAA